AUGUGCUCCCUUCCCGAAGCUGGCCGCGCUCGGUCGAAGAGGACGACCAUCCCCGAUAGAGGAGACUUCUUUCGGUCAAAGGGUGACAUUUUUAGCUGCCAUGCAGUUGACAACCCCAAACCCCACGCAGAGCUUGAGAUGCUCAAGCGGUAUGGACCGAAUGUGCCUGAACCCAUCCUUCAGAAGCUUGUGGCUGCCUUUGGAGAGCUGAGGAGCUUGGCUGACCAAGGCAUCAUCAACUAUCCGUAUUCCACCAGGGAAGUUGUCAACAUCGUCAAGCAUUUACAGAAAUUUCCCACUGAAGGCCUCUCUAGUGUGGUUCGGAAUGUGUUUGACUUUGAUUCCUACAACAACGACAUGAGGGAGGUUUUGAUUAACACUUUGCACAAAUAUGGGAUACCUAUUGGAGCAAAGCCUACCAAUGUGCAGUUGGCAAAGGAGUUGCCUCUGCCAGAGCAGACAUUUAUGGGCUACUGGACAAUUGGUCAUGCAAGAAAUGGAAUGCAAAAACUCUUGUGUCCAGCAGAAACUCAUCGUAUAGACAUAAAGGGCCCAGUACUUAUAAACAUACAAGAAUAUCCUAUAGAAAAACAUGAAAAAAGAGCCCUAAACUUUACUGAAGAAUGUGCUUCCUGGAGGUUACCACUGGAUGAAACUAAUUUAAUCUGUGACGUUGCUGUAUCACAUGAAAGUGAGGAAAAUACUCUGUAUGUAGCUGCAUGCAAUCCUGUUUCCUUAUACUUUAUAAAUAUGACUGGAAAAAAGGGCUUCUUUGUGGACCUUUAUGAUGUCUUCCCAAGAAUGACCAGUGGAAUAUGGCAGCCAUUUGUGACAGUGGCACCAUUGGGAAGUCCCCUCAAUGGUCAAGUUAUUCUCCAUGAAGAGCAGAGUAAUGUCAUCCUUUUGUUAGACACCACUGGCCGAACCCUUCAUCGUCUCAUCUUACCUUUAGAAGAGGUGACCUCCAAGAAAUCUUCCUGGUGGAACAAGGAAGAAGGAGUAAGGAGAACUUACAAAAUGUGUAAAGAAUUUUCGCACAAAAACUGGCUAGUAUUCUACAUGGAAAAAGGGAACAGCUUGACUGUACUGGAUGCUUUAGAAGGGCGAACUCAUACCAUCUCACUUCCUAUCAACCUCAAGACAGUUUUCCUGGUAGCAGAAGACAAGUGGCUUCUGGUGGAGAGCAAAACAAAUCAGAAAUACCUUUUAACUAAGACUGCACACAUUGAAUCUUCAGACAGUGGGGUUUGCCAGUUGUAUGUGUUGAAUGAAGAGCUGCCCAGCACUGGGUUUGGAGUUACACAAGAAAUGAAGGUGAACAUACCUCAUAAAAUUUCAAGUGAUCAACUAUCAUCUGAAAAUCUAAGUUCAGCUGUGGGACAAAAGAUUGCCUCUCCCAACCGAAUUCUCUCAGAUGAGAACAGUUAUGCUACCAUAGUUGUUGGCUUCCCAGAUCUCAUAUCACCCAGUGAAGUUUAUUCUUGGAAGAGGCCAUCAUCUUUGAAUAAACCCAAUGUCACUGAUGUAGCAUUCUAUGGAAUGAAGAAGAAAACUGGAACUCCAAGACAGAGCAAUUGUGUGACUCUUAUAGAUACUAAUCAGGUAGUCAGGAUUUUGCCCCCAGGAGAAGUCCCUCUAAAAGAUAUCUACCCAAAAGAUGUUACCCCCCCACAGACAGCUGGUUAUAUAGAAGUUACUGAUCUUCAAUCAAAGAAACUCAGAUACAUCCCUAUUCCCAGAUCAGAAUCUCUCUCACCAUAUACUACAUGGCUAUCUACUAUUUCGGACACAGAUGCACUGCUGGCUGAGUGGGACAAAAGUGGCAUUGUCACUGUUGACAUGGGAGGUCAUGUCAGACUUUGGGAAACUGGACUUGAACGUCUGCAGCAAUCACUCAUGGAAUGGAGAACCAUGAUUGGGCAAGAAGGUGACAGACAUAUGCAGAUAACAAUCAACAGAGAUAGUGGUGAAGAUGUGAGCUCUCCCAAACACGGAAAGGAGGACCCAGACAACCAGCCCCAUGUGGGUGGCAACACUUGGGCUGGUGGAACAGGGGGAAGAGACACUGCAGGUCUAGGGGGCAAAGGAGGCCCUUACCGACUGGAUGCUGGCCACCCAGUAUACCAGAUCUCCGAUGCUGAGAAGGACGCUGUUCCUGAGGAGGUCAAGAGAGCUGCAAGAGAGAUGGGCCAGAGAGCAUUUCAACAGAGGCUAAAGGAGAUCCAAAUGAGUGAAUAUGAUGCUUCAACCUAUGAAAGAUUUUCAAGUGCUGUUCGACGACAGGUGCACUCCCUCCGCGUCAUCCUGGAUAAUUUACAGGCUAAAGGUAAAGAAAGACAGUGGCUAAGACACCAGGCUACUGGGGAGCUAGAUGAUGCCAAAAUUAUUGAUGGGCUGACUGGAGAAAAAGCCAUCUAUAAACGCCGGGGUGAUCUGGAGCCACAACUGGGCAGCCCACAACAGAAACCCAAGCGCCUGCGCCUGGUAGUGGAUGUGUCUGGCAGCAUGUAUCGCUUCAACGGAGUGGAUGGCCGGCUUGAGCGCUCAAUGGAGGCCGUGUGUAUGGUCAUGGAAGCCUUUGAGAACUAUGAGGAUAAGUUCAAGUAUGACAUCACCGGACACUCUGGAGAUGGCUACAACAUCAGCAUAGUUCCAAUUAACAACGUUCCCAAGAACAAUAAGCAAAGACUUGAAAUUCUGAAGACAAUACAUGCCCAUGCUCAGUUCUGCAUGAGCGGAGACCAUACACUAGAGGGGACGGAACACGCCAUUAAGGAAAUUGUCAAAGAAGAAGCUGAUGAGUACUUUGUCAUAGUCUUGAGUGAUGCAAAUCUGUCACGAUAUGGAAUACAUCCUUCUAAGUUUGCCCAAAUCCUAACAAGUGAUCCUCAAGUAAAUGCUUUUGCUAUUUUUAUUGGAUCUUUAGGCGAUCAAGCAAAUAGGCUUCAGAGAACUUUACCAGCUGGCCGGUCUUUCAUUGCCAUGGACACCAAGGACAUCCCUCAGAUUUUACAACAGAUCUUCACCUCCACCAUGUUAUCAAGUGUUUAAGAAGUGUCCUUCUCCACCCUCAUACACCCAGGAUUUGAAACAAGGAUUUGAAAUGGGAUUAAAGAGUAUUUGGAAGAAAAGUGUUAUCAGUGGCCGGGUAACACUCACCUUCCUGGUCUUAACAAUCAGAAUUCAGAAAAGCAGCCAGGUGGAGACUUGUCAGUGGAAAUCUACAACCACUGGUGACCUAGAAGUCCUCAGAGGAAGCAAGUCGACCUGCAUUUUAUAAAAGGUCAGGGUUAAAGGAAGGUAGUGUAAGAACUACCGGACUUGGUCUAUUUCCAAAACCUGAGGGAUGGAGAAAACCUUGCUUUUGCCUUAGUACAUCAUCUGUCACCUAAGAUAAGAAAAGCAACCCCAGUGAGCUGAACAAGCCAUUGAGGUCACAUCCUGACACUGAGAAGCAAGUCUCUGCACACCUCACCCAACAUGCUCCUGUCUAUAAUUAUUUUUAUGUUCUCCCCUCUCUGUAUUUCCCAACAAUGAUUUUAUAGCAUUUAACCCACUGAAAAGUCCUUCCAAUAGAAGUACUUUAUAAAAAGUUGGAUUUUCUCAAUAAUUCCAUUCUCUUGGCCAAAACUGAAAGGAAUCAAAAGAUCCUUAGAGUGGUUGCUUUCCCAUGUGACUUUUAAAAGGCUUGUCAAAUAAUAAAGAGCAAAUGUCCUGUUCUUCCUGCUGCUCAAGUGGAAGGAUGAAGAUAUCUUGCCUCAAGUUUCCUGU